UGUCAUUCGUUUGUUUUCCAAAGUGGAAACGUCAAGGAGCUGGACAUUUUGUUCUGCGAUCGAAAUCCUUGCCAGCGAAAAAUACAUUUCGUUCUAAAUUCCUAUCGAUCUUUACCGAGUGCAAAACCGCCGCACUGCUAGCAGACAGCCCGAGUAAGUGCAGGAACGGCCAUUGUAGCCCCGGGUUGCGGUCGCAAGCGCAGCCGUCUGUUUACGCCAUCUCGCGAAAAUUUACGUGAAUUAUAACGAUGCUGCGAGUGCCAGUUACGCGGGCCCUUGCCCUCGGGGCACGGUUCCCGGUGCAGACGAUAGUGCGCACGUCGGCCACGACACCGGCCAAGGUGCCGGAAAAGAUUGAGGUGUUUGUGGACGAUCAGCCCGUGAUGGUGGAUCCGGGCACCACCGUCCUGCAGGCCGCCGCACAAGUCGGUGUGGAGAUUCCGCGCUUCUGCUACCACGAGCGGCUCGCCGUGGCCGGCAACUGUCGCAUGUGCUUGGUGGAGGUGGAAAAGUCGCCGAAGCCGGUUGCCGCCUGUGCGAUGCCCGUAAUGAAGGGUUGGCGCAUCAAGACGAACUCGGAAAUGACGCGCAAGGCGCGCGAGGGCGUCAUGGAGUUUCUGCUGAUGAACCACCCGCUCGACUGUCCGAUCUGCGACCAGGGCGGCGAGUGCGAUCUGCAGGAUCAGGCGAUGGCGUUCGGUUCGGAUCGGUCGCGCUUCACCGACAUUCACCAUACCGGCAAGCGGGCGGUCGAGGACAAGGACAUCGGUCCGCUGAUCAAAACCAUCAUGACCCGGUGCAUCCACUGCACGCGCUGCAUCCGGUUCGCGUCGGAGGUGGCGGGUGUGGACGAUCUCGGCACGACGGGCCGCGGUAACGACAUGCAGAUCGGCACGUACGUGGAGAAGUUUUUCCUGUCCGAGCUGUCGGGCAACGUGAUCGACCUGUGCCCGGUCGGCGCGCUCACCAACAAGCCGUACAGCUUCGUCGCCCGGCCGUGGGAAAUUCGCAAGAUUGAGUCGAUCGACGUGCUAGACGCGCUCGGCAGCAACAUCGUGGUGAGCACGCGUACCGGCGAGGUGCUGCGCAUUUUGCCGCGCGAAAACGACGAAAUUAACGAGGAGUGGCUGUCGGACAAGUCGCGCUUCGCGUGCGACGGGUUGAAGCGCCAGCGGCUGAUCGCCCCGAUGCUGCGCAAUCCGAGCGGCGAGCUGGAGGCGGUCGAGUGGGAAUCGGCCCUGAUCACGAUCGCUCAAGCGCUGCGGGGUGCACCGAAGGGCAAGGUGGCCGCCGUGGCCGGUGGACUCGUGGAUGCGGAGUCUCUCGUUGCGCUGAAGGAUCUGCUGAACCGGUUGGGCUCGGAGACGCUCUGCACGGAGCAAAAGUUCCCGACGGACGGAUCGGGCACGGAUUUGCGCUCAAGCUAUCUGCUGAACUCAUCGAUCGCUGCUUGCGAGGAGGCAGAUCUCGUGCUGCUCGUCGGCACGAAUCCGCGCUAUGAGGCGCCGCUGCUGAACACCCGCCUCAGGAAGGGAUACAUCCAUAACGAUCAAAACAUUGCUCUGAUUGGGCCGAAAGUUAACCUUUCGUACGACUAUGAGCAUCUUGGUAGCGAUACCUCGCUGAUCCGCGAUAUCGCAAAUGGACACCAUCCGUUCGCGAAGAAGCUGAAGGAGGCGAAAAAGCCACUCAUCAUCGUCGGCGCAAAUCAGCUCGCCCGUAAGGACGGCACCUCGUUCCUCACGGCGCUGCACGUGUUCGCCAACUCGCUGUCGCCCGCUGACAAGAACUGGAAGGUCUGGAACGUGCUGCAGACGAAUGCGGCCCAAACGGCGGCCCUGGACGUGGGCUACACGCCGGGCGUUGAGGCCGCACUAGAGGCACAGCCCAAGGUGCUCUUCCUGCUCGGUGCCGAUGCGGGCGUCGUUGACAAGGAGAAGCUGCCGAAGGAUUGUUUCAUCGUGUACCAGGGACACCACGGAGACGCCGGUGCGCAGAUGGCGCACGCCAUCCUGCCCGGUGCCGCCUACACCGAGAAGCAGGGCACGUACGUCAACACGGAGGGCCGCGCCCAGCAGACGCUGGUGGCCGUUACGCCGCCCGGCCUUGCGCGAGAGGAUUGGAAGAUUUUGCGCGCUCUGUCGGAGGUGGCUGGCGCGCCGCUACCGUACGACACGCUGGACGAUCUGCGCACCCGCAUGGAGGACAUUGCGCCGCACCUUGUGCGCUACGGGCGGCUGGAAGCGUCCAACUUUUUCGCCAUCGCGGACGCACUGCUGAAGAACUCGUCGGUGCAGUUCGACGGUGGCAAGGUGGAUGUGGUGCAGAAAAAGUUGGCCGACUUCUUUAUGACCGAUCCGAUUACGCGCGCUUCGCCGACGAUGGCCAAAUGUGUGACGGCAGCGAAGAAGCAAUUGCAAGCUAAUUAAAGUUUACCAUAUUGCAAGCUUAAGACCGAAAGUGAAUACAGUGUGCGUUUCCUUUGUGGCCGGGACGUUUCGAGGAGGGAGGUGUUUGCGAAACGAGCGAACCAUCUUCGUGAUCUUUUUCGAUGGUAAACCAUGGUGAAGUGGCUUGAAGCAGCGUUGAGUGAGUUCCUUUUUGAGCAAGUGACGAUUGGCGUUGUUUGUGCAACGGGCAGGUUGGUUUGCGGUGUAACGGGUGAUGAUGCUGUUUGACUUGUCCUCUUUGUAUAAAAAAGAAAAACUCGGAAAGGAACAAUAGAAGGGAACGAAAAUGACGAACACAUAGUAAGUUUAGCUGUUUUUUGAAUCCCAGUUUCAAUUUAUUUUGCAGGAGGAAAAAUAGAGAAUGUAUUAUCUCAUGUGCGAUGCUAUUCCGCGAGAAAAGAGCUACUUCAAAUUGUCCUCCACACUAGUUUACUACAGAAAAUUGUUCAAAAAUCAUCCGAUACUGGAGCAAUGUUAAAACAAAACUAUUCAAAACCAACGCGGUUGAGAGCUGAAGAAGUAUAAACGAGCGUUGUACCGAGUACAGAACAGCGAAUAAAUAUCAAAACAGAUUCUUAUACUUCAAAUGCA